UUCAUAUAUUCUCUGCAGAAGCGAAACUGAGAGGAGAAAUCAACCAGUGGAGGGCUCUAAAGCCAUGGCUAUGGAAACCUACGCAUCAAGAAGCCCUGACCAAAUCCACACCGAUGUCCUCGCUAAAUCCAGACAAGCUUGCUACAAAGCUCGUGAUGCUUUUUAUGCCUGCUUGGAGAAGGAAUCCACCAAGAAACGUACGGAAAUUGGCUCGGUGGGACUUCUGUACCCAUUGGAAUGUAAAGGCUCGAGAAUGGAAUUUGAGAAGAAUUGUCGCGCUUCUUGGGUGAAGCAUUUUGAUCGGCUGUACUGCAAGAACAAGAGGGUGCAGAGGUUAUUGGAUGACAAAGAUUCCAAGAGAGGUCCAUUGUCACUUCCACAGCCUUAUACAUUCAAGCCCACUAACAGUGAUAGCUGAAUUCUGGUUCUGCCACAUCAGUACCCAGAUGUGAUGCAAAAUAUGCAAAGGUUGCCGCAUUUUGAUGGACGAUAUGGAUGAGUGAGGGUAGAAAAACUAAUUCAGUAGAGUAGGGUCUGUCUAGGUAGUUGAAGCAUAGGAUCACUGAUUGGAAGGUUAAUGGAGCUUGCGGAUGCUUUAAAGAGGAUGAGGGUUGUUGACAUAGUUUGAGGAAAAGACUAGAGAAAUUGGUAGCAUGGGUUAUAAGUUGUGGUACAGUUGUACACCUCAAGUAGAUUUGGAUAAGGAAGUUGAAAUCAAGAUCUGAGAAGGUAUGAAUGCAUUGGUUUGAGGGAUUUCCAAUGAUUACAAGAUUUACAAUGCAUUGUUUCCCUUUGAGGUAAAAUCUCUCUCCUUUAUUGAUAGAACUCAUUGCCAUUUUCUACCAAUUAAUCAACAACUCACCCAAAGUCUCUAACCAAGCUACUCCCAGAAUCAAAUCAACACCCCCAAAAAGAAACACAACUAUUUGCCUCCACUUGCAUGUUACCUAAAUCCAACUUCAGUUUGCAGCAUACUCCUUUAGAUUGAGCCUUAUAUCCAUUCCCCAGUCAAACACCAAAAUUAUGAGUGGGACUUACUUGAAGCUAUAGGUGUUGGACCAGCUUGUGUGACACAAAAUUGUGGUUCGCUUCGCUGCCUAUCAUCACUGUAAUUGGGUUCAUCGUAAUAGAUCCCCUCUACUUCAUUGUCCUCAACUGAGAAAUUCCGCCACUAGAAAAUAACUACAGCUCUAGUUCAGUGAAACGAGCAUUGUUGAUUGUUGUUGUCUAUUACUCUUCCAUGAUGUCCAGCUCUCUUCAGUGAAAGUCUCAUCUUUGCCACCAAUGAGAGCACAGAGAGACUUAUUGGGACACUCAUGAAGGGGAGAAUAUGGUUGUUUACAGCGGAAACAACUCACAAUUUUUUAUAUUCCUGGUGGGAGUAUUGUCUUAUUGCUCGUGAUCUGGUGGAGGGUGCUUGAAACUUUGAGGAAGACACUGGUUGUAUAUUAGUUUUACUAAACCCUUGUUGGGCUUCAUCUGGAGGCUUGGUAGGCAGGCCUUCGAAAUGUUGUGGGUUGGUGUUUUGUUGGCUAGCAUUUCCAUAGCUCAUUUUAGUUCCAAUAGUAAGAACUAGGCUCAUCCCAAAAGAAAUAGUCCUCGGCCUAUAACAUAUUGUCAUCUUCCUUACUGACAUGAAAACCCUUUGAUCCUUGCUGCAAACUGGAGCUCUCUUUCUGUUUCUAUUGCCGCUUUCAUCAUUCGAUAGAGAUUGACAGUCUCAUUAGACCUAGGCCUCACCCUUAUAUCUUCCUAUAAACUAUUGAGGAAGUAACCUAGGCAGUGAGAGUCUGAAAGCUCUAUCACCUAAGCUGCCCUUAACACAAAGUCAACUAUACACUCUGCCAGCGUUCCCAGCUGAUGGACUGCCGCCUGGUACUCAUAUAGGUUCUUAGCGAUAUUGCCUCCAUAACGUUGUAAUAGCUUCUGUUUUAAGUGCUCCCAUGAUAAAUUGGGCAUUCAUUGGAAGAGCCAACAAAGCCAGUGGAGAGGGGCACCAAUCAUGCCAAGGAGAUUUUGAAUUCAUCCUUCACUCCGUUAAUCUCAAGAUACUGCUCUGCAUGAGCUAUCCACCCCAUAGGAUAUGUACCCUCAAACUGGGCAUAUCUACAUUCUUUGCUGUGAACGGAGCUUCCUCUAGAAGCAGAGCUCGAGCACCCAUCCGAGUGGUCGAAUAAUCACCAAUGUGCUACUAUUGAGGGCUCUGAUUGGGAGCUUCGUUGUCAUUGGCUGCUACCUUCCCCCUCACCAUCGAGGUGACGAUGGUACGCAUGGUUAUAAAGCUUGACUUGGAUCCUUGGGAAGAUGUAAGUUAGCAUAAUGGUUAAGUUAUCAAGACCUAUAAAUUGAUCGAAUAAAUUUAAUGCAAGCUGUAAUGGUACUGAGCCUGUUUAUAGCAUUAGAAACUAAAUUACAAGUGGUGUAUUUGAACCUUCCAAGAGAUCCUGAUUACUGAACCCUGAAAGUAGUACUUAAUGACGUUGCUUUUGCUUGAAUGCUCAAAUAUAGGUUAUGCUUUCCA